GCGCUCGGGCAGUGUGACCAAGACGUGCGUGCGUCGGUGUUGGAGAACGCAUCAGUCACACAGCACGGUGUAGGUGGACGGCAGCAAACGGAUAUAAAAAAGCUAUAUCGGGAUGGUCCCAGCUGUCAGCGCUAGAAACCUGAACAGGUGGCUCCUUCAGCGUCUUAGUGCCUCAAGGCACAGACCCUCCCAACAGCUUGUCUUGCUCGAUAAUCUCCCCUCUGACGACAGCGUAUUUAUCCUAGUGCGCGUAAAACCACGAGUGCAGCAGGUUUUGGUCGGUGGAUCUGGUCAUUCAUCGGGAUUUCACUCAUUAGUCUUCAUCACGAAGUUGGACUUGUGGGAAAUGUUUCUUGGUUUUGAGCCUGGACUGGCAAACCUGGAUACAAUGACUCAUUUUUGUAUUUUAUAAUCUCUCCUCUGCGUUUGGAUUGUAAAGACUGACAUAAACGACAGCAUGUUGCCAGAAAUAAAUAGCAAGACAUCACGACCAGACGCCUUCCCUCACCCUCACAGACUCCCAGCAGAAGGAAACCGUACUGGAACAAACCGACCCUGCUCACAGAAGUUUGGCUCUGGUGUAGGGACUUUGCCUCAGCUUGAGCCAUCGGUGGUCCAGAUGGUGGUCAGCAAUGCCAAAAACCAGCACCAGCAGUCAGGCAAUAUCCUGCCCCAAAUUGCCAACAAGGGGGGCCAAAAUAACUUUCAGACACACCUGGAUGAGAGGCCAAAGCCCACCCAACAGUUCACCAUGCGGUUUGGUGCAGCAGUGGAUAAAAUAGCAGUCUCUCGCAACAGCAAGGUGUUCUGCAACAAGUUGGAGAAAGAGAAGGCAUAUGAGGGACAAAGGUUACCCAUGUCACCUACAGAAGCACUGAAGAACUUUCAAGAGCGGCUGACAGAGUUUGAGCAGGAGGAAAUCAUGGACUAUGCAGAGAUCUGGUUCCUGGGUCUGGGCUCUCAGAAAAUCGAGGGUUCCCAAGGCGCACCACAAAACUCAGGAUAUGAUGAUGAGCAUGGAAGCUAUAUCAGGGUGCUGCACGACCAUAUUGCCUAUAGGUUUGAAGUGCUUGAAGUGAUUGGGAAAGGCUCUUUUGGGCAGGUUCUGAAAUGUCUGGACCACAAGAACAAUGAACUUGUAGCAAUUAAAAUGAUACGCAAUAAGAAAAGGUUUCAUCACCAAGCUCUAGUUGAGCUGAAAAUUCUGGAUGUAAUAAAGAAGAAAGACAAAGAUAACCUCCACAAUGUCAUCCACAUGAAGGAGUACUUUUACUUCCGAAACCACCUUUGCAUCUCUUUUGAGCUUCUUGGGGUGAACUUGUACGAGCUCAUCAAAAAAAACAACUUUCAGGGCUUCAGCAUUGCUCUAAUCCGUCGGUUCACCCAUGCUCUUCUCAGGUGCUUGCAGAUGCUACACAGGGAGAAGAUAAUUCACUGUGACCUUAAACCGGAGAACAUCCUUCUGUCACAGAAAGGGCCAGGGAACAUCAAAGUGGUGGACUUUGGAUCAAGCUGUUAUGAACAACAAAGGGUGUACACCUACAUCCAGAGUCGCUUCUACCGCUCCCCAGAAGUGAUCCUGGGUCACCCCUACAGCAUGGCCAUUGACAUGUGGAGUCUGGGCUGCAUCCUAGCUGAGCUGUACACAGGCUAUCCUCUCUUCCCAGGAGAAAGCGAAGUGGAGCAGAUAGCUUGCAUAAUGGAGGUUCUGGGAAUGCCUCCAAAUGAUUUUGUUCAGUCAGCAGCGAGGAGGAGGUUGUUCUUUGACUCCAAAGGAAACCCGAGGAACAUCACUAACAGCAAGGGGAAGAAGCGGAGACCAAACUCUAAGGAGCUGUCAGCUGCUUUAAAAACAAAUGAUGCUUUGUUCUUGGACUUCAUCAAAUGCUGCCUCAAUUGGGAUCCAACCAAGCGUAUGACUCCUGAUGAGGGGUUACAGCAUGAGUGGAUCCUGGAGGGAAAUUUCAACAAAGUUCGGUCAAGAACUAGGUUUACAGUGAAGAAGACCUCAGACUGUUCAGUCAGCACAGACAGACAAACUAACAGCAAGCCUGAGGUGGUCAGCUCAGCAAGCAACACUAACGACAAACUGAAGAGAGACAGUUCAGAAACAGGAACGAAAAUGGCCCCUGCCGAGCGUCUGCGGCCCAUCGGGGCCUCGGCCGAGGAGGAGGUGUGUGAAAGUGAGGCCAAGCUCUCCACGGAUGACAAACAGCAAGAAGGAGGUGGAGAAAGAGCUGUUCACAUCAUCAUCAAGCCUCAGGGGGAAGUGGACACAGAGAGAAAGGAUAGCCAGGAACUGUCUCACUGUUUGGCCCCUAUCAUCUAACAGU